AUGGCGCGCACUCGAUGGCAAGCUGAAGACUGGAGUUGUCCGCUGUGUACGCUGCUCAACGCGGCUCAUGAUGCCCGCUGUGCAGCUUGCGACAAUGCGCGGCCUCUUGUCCAGAAGUCCCAAAAAUCUGAGUAUCAGCAGUCCACUGUGGGUGUCGCUACGGUGUCUACAGUGCAGGAUCAAGUCAAUCGUCCAGUUCGAGGCGUCUUUUUUAGCUCUUUACCAUACAACCAAGGCAGUAAAGACACCAGUGCUUUAUGGAGAGAAGAGCUAAGACUUGUUGUGAAUCGCCGAUGUGGAAAGUGGACGGGAAAAGGAUCAAUUGAUCGAGAGAUGCAGAAAAAGAGGCACGAGAUGCUCGAGACGGACAUGAUUGAGCGGUAUUUGGACUCUACUACAGUGGAAAGUGCUGUGAAACCAGUCGAAAUGGUAGGCGGUGCAAUGUGUGACACGUCAUUGGAGGCUGUACGGUCGAUAGUGGAGUCGGGAGAUGCAGUGGCGAGACAGGAAGAGGAGGAAGAAGAGGACUUGGCAAUAGACGAGCCUUGCUUUGAUCUGCUGGGGUCAGGAGCUGCCAUAUUUUGUGCUCCACUUAUCGACAAUACCGUGGAUGAUUCUUGCGUUGCGGACGAGACGAAGCAUCGAGAAAAGCAUGAAUUGAUUGAAGCAGGUGAUGCAGAUGAUGAGGUGGUGGUCACGUCGUCCGCAUUGCGGUAUCCUGGCUUCAUGCCGGCUAGCAAACUUGUGCAAGUAGAAGGGCGAGGAAUCGACGAGAAGUUGUCGAGUGCAGGACUGGAUUUGUCAAGUGACUCGGAGGAGGAAAAGACAGCAUCACGGAAGCACUUGAGGCAGAGCAAUCAGGUGAAGGAGUCGUGGAUGAAUAAGUGGGAGUGUAAGACAUGCACAAACUUUAACGAAGAAAGUGCGGUGGAAUGCACAAUUUGCAGCUGCAAACGACAACGGGAUGAGCAUCACGAGACUGAGAGAGUUAUUGGAUCAGGCUUGAGGUGGGCGUGUCAUGUCUGCACGAAUCUGAAUCCUCCUGAGGUAAACGACUGCCUGGUGUGUCUGAGUCUACGAAAGACGGAUGAUGGAGCGCUGAACGGUCGCUCGGACAGAACGUGGGCGUGUGUCGUUUGCACAACAAUCAAUGAAGGCAGUACUACACGGUGCGAGGUUUGUGAUCGUUUGCGAGAGGAGGAACCGAAAGAGCCCGCGGGAAAGAGUGGACGUGAGUGUCCAGUUUGCACGAAUAUCAACUUGCUGAGCGAUACGCGAUGUGAGAUCUGCAAUACAAGUCUGCCAACUGACAAGACUCCUGACAGCCAUUUCGUCGACCUGUGCUCGAGUCCUCCAGCUCGCAAUUCCGAUUAUGCUGCCAGGAAAGAAAUCCCUGUAAAUGCACACGCAUGUUUGACGCCGAACGGUAAGUAUGAAGUACCGCAAAAAGUUGCUGGCUUCGAUCCUGGAUUUGCUGAAGAGAUCGAUGAUCAUGAACCGAUGAUGUCCGUGACCAAUCGACGUUCACAAAACGUGCGUCCUGAUCUAAAGGAGUUUAAGCACUUUGUGUGCUUGGAAGACAUGCGUAUUGACUACGGCUGCUGCAUCAACUAUAGCAAAAUGUUUGCAGGCCAGAGGUCCAAUAAGUCCUAUGCUGACCGUCUCGCAACAAGGCAAACACAGUCACGAAAGCGCAAGCGAGACGUUGCUCAAAGAGAAGCAGGUCGGAGGUCCACAUCUUCCUCACGCGGUGGCAAGGCAGGUCGAGGUAGUCAAAAGAGGAAGUCGGAAGCUGCACAACGACGAGCUUCUUCGGCUGGUGAAAAAGUGAUAAAGCCCAAGAGAGUGAGAAAGAAAGUAGGUGUUUCAGCACGCCGGGCCAAUUCCUCAGCGACGUACCAACCCAGCAUCAAUCAUUACGACGAUUCGGCGGCCGACCUGGGCGAAGACUUGUCCACAAUGGCCUGGGAGGGCGUCGGGUCUGCGGGUUACCUCUAA